UGGUAGGUGCGUACUUACAAUACUCUAGUAAUGUGUGAGGGUAAAGUGGCUACUAGGUCAAAACACUGCAGCGGCAACAAAGGUGCAAAAUAAAUUUUUUGAUUUUAAGCAAUAAAUCUGAGAAAUGAGAGAUGAUGAGAAAAUCGAAAACGAUAGAUUCAAUCUUGAUUCCGUUGAACGGAUGCCCCUUCGUCUCGCAGGGGGACCCGAGGAAGCUAUCACCCUGAGCAAGAUGCAUCCUCAGGAGCUGCGGGACCGCUACCUCCAGAUCCAGGACGAGUUCUUCAGAUUCAAGAAAACCUCGUUCGAUCAGUCCAAUGAGUUGAAAAGGGCUCAGACCAGAGUGCGGAAGCUCGAACACGACCUCAAGAAGGAAGAGCGUCUUCGUUCGUCCGUCCCGGCAGCCACCAGCGUAGAACAAAGGCUACAGGAGCAGAAGGAACUAAACGACUUUCAGGCAGCGACAAUAAGUCAACUCGCGUACAGGAACGAGGCUCUUGAGCGUAAACUGAAAUCGGCGAGCAUCCAAGUUCUUGCAGCCCGCAACAACACUCCUGUGAUGUACCGCGACGUGGGGCCUCGCGUCGACACGUGGCUCAGAGGUCCUCCAGCUCGUCGUAGAUACCGCACACCGCCCCCCUCUCGGCCCCACACCCCCGCGUCGCCCUACACCGCAAGACGCAGUCGCGCUCGGUCCCUCUCCCCUACUCGGCGCUCGCUGGACACUCCGGAUGAGGCUCUGGUGGUACCGGCAAGCAUUCGCAGUAUUCUUGAGGAGGCCAAAGAAAGAAUACAAAACCUCGAGGCUGAGAAGGCAACCUUGCAGAAAAGCUGCAAUAGAACACAACAGGAGCUGCAGGAGUGCGAAGAGGACCAUCAAGCGAAGCUCUCGAUCCUGGAGGCGGCGCUGCAGCAGCUGCGACAGCGACUGCGCGAUGCCGGCACGAGGGUCGAGGAAGAAGCUACAGACGCCGUCAUGGCGACUCGUGAGGUGCAGUCGCUCAAAAUACAAAUUCAGGGCUUCCAGGAACGCUGCAAGACGGCCGAGGACAUGUUGGUGGUGGAGCGAAAACGGCGUAUGGAAUUCAUCACAGAGAUCGAUGAGCUUCGCACACAGCUGCAGACGACAAACGACCUGUUGCGCACCAGCCAGCAGGAGUAUCGUCGGCUCACCAGAGAUGUUGAAGAGACUACCAUCAAGCUGGACGUGCUCGCGCAACAGCAAAGACAAGAUCAUCAACAGACACGCAGUGCUCCUGAGCCGUUACAGGAGCCGCAACGAGCGCCCCUCCAGGCAGCGGAGGCCUCGGCUGCUCCAUUACGAAGGCGCAUUGCAGAUCUCGAGCGCGCCGUGCAAUCAGAACUGGCAGAGAAGCAGGAUCUGCUGAAGAAGCUCAGUGAGAGCGUGAUACGUGAAGAAGGUUCAGCCGAACAACUGUCGAACAGUCGCAAAGAAGUCGACCAAUUGAGGUUGUUGGUAACUGAGGCACGAAAGCGAACAGCUGCUGCCGAGGCUGCGCUCUCUAACAAAAGACAUCAGAUGAUGCCCUCAAGCAAGACAGUGGCGGACCGCUCAACUCAGUGCGCUGUGGUUCCUACAACAAACUCGUUGGUAUCUCCACAACACCUUCAGGAGGGACUUCCUAUACGAGCUGCAGGAGACGUUCAAGCAGCAGCAUCGCUGACAGCAACAGAGAGAGAAAAGUUGGCCAAAUUAGAAGCCUCGUAUCAACAGAAAUGUCGGGACUUGGACGAGGCCAAUGGGUUCCUGGCGGAACAUGCACGCGCCUAUAGCGACCUCGUUGCAAAGAGUGAGGCCAGCGCCAAGGAGAACGCUGCUCGCGAAAAGGAGAUGUUGGAGAGGGUGGCGCUGCUGGAAAGCGCUCUCCGGGAACACGAAAAGAGUCCUACCAUGAAUUACUUGCCGACUGCAGAUGCAGAAAAAGUUCAAAAAAAUUCUGCAGAUGUAAAAAUGUCAGAUUCUAACUCGCAAUCUCUCAAACUAAACAAAAAAGAUUGCAUGCUUGAGUUUCACAUAGAGAAAGCAAUAUUCGAUUCUUCAGCUUACGAUAAACAGAAGACUUUCGUGUCGUGGAUAAUGCCCUUCAGCGUGGAGGACCCUCUUCAGCACACCGACCUGGCCAUUGGGUCUAUUGCAGCAUACAGACAUACGUCGCUCUAUAAAAUACCAUUAAAAUCCUUGAAGCAGAUCGAAGGAAAUAUAGCUCUGGAAGUUUACGUUCUUCUGGGCGACGGUUACCCGGGCAAAGUUGGUGAUGCAAUCAUUCCGUUGACGCCCGUGCUGGCCGAGAAAACGAAUAACGUCAUCGACGGCACCUGCGUGGUAGUACCAGCGCAACCCACACAACCAAGCGUCUCAGCAGAACUGUGUACCGUACCAAACCAGCUACUAAUGUGUGAAAGUCAGCUAGGCACUCUAAGCUACAAACUGCGCCUGCAAAAACCGAUCUCCUUGGAUAUUGGCGGUUCUUCCUCCGCAUCAGCGUCGGGUGCUGUCAUGCAGGGGCAGGAAGAAAAUCAGACUCCAGCCUACACAGCCCCGCCUGCUGAAGUUGACCAGUUGCAGGGUCAAAUCCCAAUCCCGUCAGCACGUACGUUUCCGCAACCUCGCAAUGACCACAAACGUAAAACUUCGUUGCGACGUAAAAUGCAGGAUUACAAGCACCGGAACGACAGCAUACACGAGACCGAAGACGAAGAAGACGAACAAGACUCAUACUACGCCGUCCCAAAUUCUGAAUCCGAAACGGAGGGAAUUUACGAGCGGAAUGCAUCUCUCUUAAUGAGCAACGUGAGGCAGCGAGGUCAGCUGACUGUUGAACGUGAGUCUGUUCGUGGCCAGAAAGAUUCGUCGAGCAGACCAUCCAGCAGUAAAAGACCAGAAAAGAACAGUGGGCAUGAAGAUUCAAGAAGAACGUUAGCGGUAAAAGACCGUCCUACAUCUUCGAAAUCCUAUAAAAAUAGAAGAAAGGCAUCUGCAUCUUCAAGAUCAAUCCACAGAUCAUUGGAACAUAUUCCUAAGAAAGGAGAAGAGAUUAACUCCGAAGAUCGCUCCCGCACAACGCUGAGGAAGAAAUCAUCGUCCAACCGACCUCGCUCAGCUCCAAAGAAAGACAGAGAAGUUUACCACAGUUCUUCGACAUCGACGGAAAGUGAUGAAGAAACUACAUCCAUCGAAGGUCCAGCAGAUCCACUGAAGGAUGAUGGCACACUUUCAUCCGGAGAUCCUUCUCCUAAAAUCAGGAGCAAACGAGCAGCGGAAGAAGAGGGAUGUGGGUCGUCACUCUCCAGCUCCAGCCUAACCUCCGACGCCUCCAUGUCGGAACAUAGAAUCUCUACCGACUCUGAGGGGGUGGUGGCGUGCGUACCGAGGAAGAGGUCAGGAGGGUCGAACACCGCUGACACUGUGGUGGUGAGCAUCAGGCAGCUAACGGUGAUGUCAGACGAGCUCCUCACACGAAAACCAAACUACAAAUUCUUCGUAAGCUUCCAUGGCUUCCUUCCUGUGCCAGACCAAGACCUCGAGACUCCUAAUUCCGUCGGCGUGAAUUCGUUAGGAAAAUCCGCAGACUUCCAUUUCCGGAGAGAGUACAACGUUUCAUCGGAGCGUCACCCCGGGCGGAGAGAAGCGCUCAGGAAACUCGUACAAGGAAAAGAUGCCAACAUCAACUUUUAUCUCAACGCUGAGCCUCCAGUUGGGAAAGACGCUAUCUGCGAAAACCUCGGGGUCGGGAGCCUGAAUCUCCUACAAGUUGCUGAUGGCGGUUUUGAUGGCAAGUUGGUAAAAGUGGAACUCGAGAGCCGCCCUGGCUGCACCAUCGCAACCAUCAACGUCGCUGUGACCAUCAAAGCAGUUCUUGACGAGCUCAGAACAGCCGGGUCAUCCGUUGUAAAAAGACGUGUGUAGGAGAUCCAUUUGAAGUGGUCAUCACGAGUGUCUAGAGAAUGAAGCAAGCUUUGGAUCGUGAUCUGGUUACAUGAUGAAUAUGAGAAUCGAAAUCACGAUGCUCUACUGAUCUGCAACUCACCCGCAGGGAUAGCUUGAGAUCAAAGGAGCCUCCAGAGCCUUAAGUAAUUCAUAUUGUCCGUGCGCACUGGUUUCUCAUCGAGUGAUAGCGCUUAAGAACUGAAAUUGUAUACGAAACGAUCAGGCCUUAGUGGCUUGCAAGUGGUGUAUCACAACGUUUAUAACAAGUCAGCAGAGCAAAGUUACUAGUACAUGCACUUCAGUGGAACUUUAAAGAAGAAUAUAACCGCGAGUCACACAUAGAAUUUUUUUACUUUCUAUUGAGCGAAGUGCAAAUGAGCGAUAUGAAGGCAUUUGAAAAAUUCUACUUCAUGUAGAUAUAUUAACGUAACUUGUCAAUAUGGGCGUUGAAGAAUAGGCCUAGUUUGUUUUUCGUCGAAUAAUAUUACUUUUACAAAAAAAUGAACUUCAACAGAUAGCACAUGAAGUCCUACAUGCAAUCAUAGCUGAAAUUAAAAUAUGGGGGGGGGGGUGAGAGACGAAGCAACA